GCGAUUUGACUCUGCUACACAAUCUUGAAUCAGAACUGCGACCAUCAUGACGACCUCAACUGCGCCCGCAACGUCUCCAACAGAUAUACAGGAAUCUAGAAAUACCGAAGCAACGCCUGAGGAUACCCUCAGAACUCCAGCUUCGUCUCUCUCCCCUGCAACACCUGGAAACACUAUCACAACUUCGCCCCUGAACACUGACACGACUGCAAUGCCGGAACCUUCACCUCGAAACCAAACAUCCGACGUUGUUGAUGUACCCUCAGACCCCAGAAUUGCACCUUUGAAGGCAAUGUUUCCAGACUUCGAUGACGCAGUACUAUCUUCUGUCCUUGACUCGGUUGGAGGCGACCAGGACGCGGCCAUUGAUACUCUAUUGGGAAUGAGCGAUCCCAACUACAUGAGUGAGGCGAGACCUCGAGAACCCGUCAUUUCGCAGACCGAACUUGACGAGCAAUUUGCUCGCCAACUGUACAUACAAGACGAACAACGUCAGAGAACUAGAUGGGAAGCGCAACAGCGGCCACCGCCUGUUCGGCAAUCAUCUCAACAUGCCGGCGAGAAGGAUGUGAUGACGGAAGUUUCAGAGCAGUUCAAACAGAUUACAGAAACUGGAAGGAAAACUUUCGGAAACAUCAUGUCAAAGGUCAAAGCCAAGAUCUCUGAAUACGACCAACAAAGACAAUCCCAAGGUCAACCUUCAUCGCAGGCGUAUCAUGGUCCUGCUGUUGGCGGCGACUCUUAUCCACAGCAACCGAAUGAUCCACAACAUCAGCCAUAUCAGCAUCCGCCGCAGUCGCAAGCACAGCAACCAGCGUUCUACGAUCCGAACGCGCUGUCCCCCACAAAUCAUGAUCCGAGUGAAAGGAUCUCUUCCGCAUCUUCGCAGGAGCCAAGGGGUUAUGACGCAUCGUCGGCAGAUCUACCAUCUACGGCAACUCCACCUCCACCCUCUACAGGAUCAGGAAUAGGAUUAGACACAGGCAAACUUGGUCUUCUUCCUAAGCGACCUGUAUCUCUACUUCCCCAGGCUAAUCAAACAAGCAAACCUGCAGAUGAAGACGAUUUAGAAUAUGUCGAGAAUCCAUUCGAGGAUAAACCUGCAAAGAAAUGAUAAUGUACCUAUGUCUCCUUGUAUACACUCGACCUCCCGAGGCUUCAGCUCAGCUCACACACGUACCGAGUCUUAUGAAGAUCGACUCUAGGUCACACCAACUUGUAAGUAAGCAAGGGCGGCCAUGAUGUCGAAAGUAAAUGGUACAUAAUCCCGAGCCUCUCUAAACCGCGGGUGCUCGACUCAGUUUGCA